AUGAGCAAGAAGCCUCCGAUUCGUCUAACCCACCAGGCAUACACUAUUGGAUGGAUAUGUGCAUUGCCAAUAGAAGGCGGGGCGGCAAGUUUCAUGCUGGACGAGGAGCACGCUGACCUUGUAAAUCCGGGAAGCGACACAAACUCAUAUUGGCUUGGAGCUAUUAGCGGUCAUAACGUUGCCAUCGCUUGUUUACCAUCCGGCAGUUAUGGCAAUAACAGUGCCGCGACAGUCGCAGCCCGGAUGAUUUCUACCUUUCCCAACAUCAAAGUUGGCUUAAUGGUAGGGAUUGGAGGCGGCAUCCCCUCAAAUGUUCGACUCGGUGAUGUGGUCAUCAGUCAGUCCAAGAAUGGACAUAAUGCAGUUAUCCAGUGGGAUAUGGGGAAGACUGAGGAAGGCGGCAAGUUCAAGCGAACGGGCUCUCUGAACAAUCCGCCAACCGCAGUGAUGACAGCGCUGAGCAAGUUUCAGGCUAAUUCAGUACGCUCUCGCCAGAAGAUUAAAGCAUGUCUGGAGGGACUGAAAAGUCGUGAGGAGGCAAAAGCCUUUCUCAAGUCUGAUUCAAUGAAAGAUCCGCUGGAUGCCACUCUGGGUGCCCACGAUACCAUGGGGAUACAUUACGGUCUGAUUGCAUCGGGAAAUCAAGUGAUUAAAGAUGCCGCAACUCGAGAUAGACUCAACGCGGACUAUGAUGGAGAUUUGCUUUGCUUCGAGAUGGAAGCAGCGGGAUUGAUGAAUGACUUCCCAUGUCUCGUCAUCCGGGGCAUUUGCGACUAUUCAGAUGAGCAUAAGAACAAGGUCUGGCAAGAGUACGCGGCGGCUGUAGCUGCAGCAUGUGCAAAGACAUUCCUCUCCGUUCUCCCUGCGAGCGAAAUUACAGGGAUGAAAACGAUCCAAGGUCAGUAG